CUUCGUUGUUGUCGCGUCACAAGGUACCGACUUCAUCCAAUUGCCACGGCACGGCACCACCCCAGGUGCCUGCCUCCCUACCUAGGUACCUACCGAGCCCAUUUGGCUUAACAUUCUACCGGCCGUGUCCCCAACGUCUCCAAAGUCAAUCCACCUAGCUCCAACAGUUUACCUUACCUAUUCCUCAAUACUUCGUCCUACCCAGCCUAAUUCGCAGAGACGCCAGAGGUCCCGAAUCUGUACUGAUCCGGCUACCCAUUUGACCAGCAAGCUACUACUCGUACUCGAACCAACAUCGUUAUCUUCCUCGCAGCUGGUAUUAACCACCGCCACCUUUGCUCUUCUAAAUACCUUGGCCGAGAGAACAGGGGCAAGAGCUUCCCCUAAGAUGUCGUGGCGGAUCCAGACCUUGCCUGAUUCCCAGUCGAACCCGACCGGCGCGGCGAAGAAGGCAAAGUCUAAGUCCAAGACGUCGGAUGGACGUGGCGCGAUCAAGAGGCUCAUCAAGGAGCUGGACGUAUGGCGGGAUGAGCAGAAGGACGAGCGGGGGAUUGAAAGGCUGGGCCCCGUCGAUGACGAGAACCUCCUCACAUGGGAGGCCGUAAUAAACGGCCGAGGGGUCGGGAACGGCUAUGAUGAAGGCCGAUGGCUUCUCGCCAUCCAGAUCCCGCAAGACUAUCCUCUCCGACCACCGACGAUACGUUUCGUGACGCCCGUCGUGCACGCUAACAUUGCGCUGCAGACGGGUGAGAUCUGCCUCGACCUGCUCAAGGACGCCUGGACGCCGGCCUACAGUGUCCUCGAGAGCGUGCGCGCUGUGCGUACGCUGCUGGCGUACCCGGAGACGGACUCGCCCCUCAACGUUGACGUCGCGGCGCUGCUACGCGGCGGCGACGUACUCGGUACCCGCGCCCUCGUCGAGUUCUGGUGCCGCGACGACGAUGGAAGGUAUGAGGGGCCGUAGGCGGGACCAUAGUGAAUCGCGUUGGGGCGCUGCUCUGCGAGAUGACGUCGCGGGGGAGGGCCCAUAAUCGCAAGAGGAGGGAAAUGAGAUGAGAAUAAGGGCAACAAGGUCUUGGGACGGGUAUUGCCUGAAGACAAGAAGACAUGUUAAAGGGAUAACAUAGGAUGGGGAUUGGAAGCGGGCCUGGGCGUGUACGGGGGAUUUCAUCAUCGCUUUACGUUUGGGCGGAACGGCGUGCUGAUCAUAGCCCAUCAGGGUAAUCAUACAAACUGGCAGAAACACGGCCAUGGGGUAUUUGGGGGUUUCCUUUAUCUUUGGAUAACAUAUUGCUUCAUUUAUCACGCCCGGACCCUCGAAGGGAAAAGCGAC